AACAUAAAAAAAAUCAGCAGCCACUAAGAAGCAAUUGAGAAUUUUGGUAAGAAAAUAAAAGGAAUUCAGAUGAAGAAAAUCUUGAACCAUUCAUGAAAUUAUUGUGGCCCCAGCAAAUUCUCCAAUGGAUUCUUCUCAUGUAUCUUAACAAAAUCCAAGCAUCUCUUUUGUUUGUGCAUACGUAUAUAGGUGUCUGUCUGCAUAUACGUGGCUGGCUAUCUUCUUGAUCUUUCUUUCUAUUUCAGUUGUUGUUAAACUGAAUUCUCAUCUUCCUAGUUAUAGUUCUCUCUAAACAGCUGAUAAGGUGAGCAUAUCAUGGUUCAACAAUGUUAGGGCUUCAGAAUCCACGAGCCAUUAACAGCUGCCAAUCAUUUCUGGAUACUAGUGUUCUGCAUGAAGCCAUUCCUUGCAAGAGUAAAAAUGUCAAUCCUUUGAUUAGUAAUCUUAGUUCUGCUGCCCUGGUGAGUUCUCCUGCCAAGGGAGUCAGCAGUUGUUCUUUUUCUUGGAAUUGGACUAGUCAACUGAAAACUUAUAAGCUCUGUCAGCAUGCCGCUUCAUAUAGAUUGCUGUGCCGGUCGCAAGAUGCUACUUCUCCUGAAAAUGAGUAUCGUUCCUCCCGAAAUAUAGCUAUCAGCCUGUUCAGGCGAUACAAGAAUUUUGUUGAGCGUGGAGGAGGUGACAACUUAAAAGAGUUCAUCAGUGCUGGUGUAAAUGCAUAUGCCUUGGGAUGUACUGAUGAAGGAUUAAGGAAAGAACUGAUUUCCUUGAAGGAAUCUGGUGUUGAAAUUGAAGCCAUGGAAACAUAUGGAGGAAGUACCAGCCUGAAGUCCAAGAUUUUAUCUGUGGAGGUUGAUGAGUGUAUUAUGUGGUUGAGCAUUAUAUUCAUCACCAUCCUAUGUACCCCUCAACCAACUAUAGUUCGAUGGUCAUCCACACCCCCAGUUUCUGGUGAAAUGAUAGCCCAGUGGAAGGGCUUCUGUGCAAUCAUAGCAAAUGCAUACUUUCUGAGAGGAAUGGCGUGGCUCCCAGUGAAGACUCUCCAACUAGAGCAGAUGGCAGUUGCUGGUCAUGCUGAAGAGCCAUCAGUUGUUGCUAGCCGGAUGAGAUUAGUUUUUACUACUCUAGAGGUUGUGAGUCCACAGUGGCCUAGAGGAUGAAGCAGUAGAUCCAGAAUUUGGCCUCACAAAUAUGAAACAUAGUUCAACAAGAUAUAUUCACAUUUCUUUCCUUUGUCCAUACUCUGUUAACAUGAAUAUUCUGCUACCUAAAUGUAUGUUUGACAUGGGAACUUUCACUAAAUCUUCAGAGGGCAAAGAAUUCAAAAGGAUACAUUGAGUAAA